GGAACUGGUGCUUCCUGAGAUAUUUUCCAUAGGAACCUGCCUGUAAGAAAACAGCUUGUCACAAUGAAAGCUCUCCUGGGCAGACUCGUGGUCCUUGCCACUGUGGUGAUGUCAUGUAAUGCACACUGCUAUGUCAUAGGGCUUGAGAAAUCACCAAACCAUUCAUCUGGCGAAUGCACUGAUAUUGAUGGUGUCAAACAUCCCCUGAAUUCCAAGUGGGAGACUGAGAGAUGCUUUGAGUGUGUUUGUGGAGAAAAUGAAAUCCAGUGCUGCAGCAGAAUAUUUACGCCUACGGAAUAUGACAGAUUCAGGUGCAAGAAAAUAUUCCACCCAGAGAACUGCACCUUCACUGUGGUGGAACGGAGAAACCCGGGAAAGACCUGUGUUGUCACUGCUAUGAUUAGGUAA